AUGUCGAAGUGGAAGAAGAAAAAGACCACUUUCAAAGACCUUAUCGAUGAAGAAACGAAACACUUACAAGCUGCGCCAUCCGCGAUAUCUAUUAGUACUUCAUCAGCAACGAUCUCACUCUCGAACUGCAAUACUCCAAUAGCUGAGGCUGAUCCGAGGGAAUCUGUUAUGAGAGAUUUUGGGCUGGCCGACGCUGGCGUUAAAGUUGGCGCUAUUGCUCAGAAGGCCUUAAAAUCUGCCGACCGUCUUCGAGCUGUUAUUGUAAAUGCCCGCAAUGGAUUCCGGGAACUUACUAGUACUUCUGAUCGACAAGAGAUUCACACUGUUUGCGACAAAGCUGAUCGAAGCCUCGCAUAUGUAUGCUCUGAACUUUCGAAGAUUAAGAACACUGCUGCAGAAGAGAAAGUCAGGGAGGUAUGGCAGGACGUGAAUGCUCUUGAAGAUAUCCUGUACGAUUGGAGAACAGCCUACCCAGAUGAUACAUCCCCUAUCAGAAUCAACAAUACCAAUUCCUUUGGACAACCCGAAGAAAAGCUGAAUGCGCCCACCCUGAUUGCAUAUACCAUCGCUCUCGUGAAUCAAGUAUUCGAGGGAGCAGCACGUCGCGGUUCCGGGGUGUUACUGAAAAUGUUGAAAUUGUUUGGUUAUUCCUUCAUUUCACUUGUUGGACAACCAAACUAUAUUCAGAGGAAGGCACUGAAUGACAUUCCAGAAUCGAUCCAAACUGUAGAAAAGGCCCUGAAUCUAGAUGUUCAGAGCAUUCCUUAUGCGGUAUGCCCUCGUUGCAGCUUCACACACAUCCCGACCUACCCUAACGGGCCUUCUGAUCCUGUCUAUCCCACUCAUUGUAACGAACGCCUCACUGAACUUUCGGAUCCAUGUGGAACAGACCUGCUGCAGGAAGGAAAACCGAUCAAGGUUUAUCACGCCUACUCCUUCUAUGAAUGGUUUGGCCGUUUCAUUGCUCACCCCGGAAUAGAGCAAUACGGAGACCGUUUCUGUGACGACAUUGCCUCGUUUGAGAAAAUCCCGGACACAAAGCGAGAUAUCAAAGAUGGCUCAUUUGUGCAUACUUUCAGGGGACAUGACGGAAAGCUUUUUCUUGCUGAACGAGGAAACGAGGGAAGAUGGGUCUUUCUCUUACAUGCCGAUUUCUUCAACGUCGAGGGGAACCGAAUACGGGGAAAGACAAGGUCGACGGGCAUCACAUCACUAGUGUGCCUCAAUCUGCCCCUUUCCAUGCGCAAUGACCCAGCUUGGAUCUUCAUUCCUGGCCUCAUCCAAGGGAAAAGUGAACCCGACGCUAAGAACUCGGAGCAUCGUCAUUAUUGGCGUCUCCUCAUUGACGAGUUCUCAGCUGGUUAUUCACGAGGAUUGCAACCUCAUCACACGUAUCGAUCUCGUUGCAGCGGGGAAGGGCUCAACGAGCGUGUGUUCCGGGUCGCCAUUGCUGGAGUUUUGAUGGACUUCAAGGCUGCCCGCCCUUUUGCAGGCUUCCUUGAUGUCACUUCUCAUCACACUUGCUUCUUGUGCAAGUGCUGGCAUCGCGCUCAUCUAGGGAGAACUGAUUUUCAAAAUUGGAAGACUGCAGCUGUUGAGUUUUUGAAAAGAGGAGCUGAGGCAUGGUUGAACGCAAAAACGCCGAAAGAACGAGAGGAAAUCGAAUUUUUCUAUGGUACCCGAUAUUCAGAACUUUGGCGCCUCCCUUAUUGGAAUCCCAUAAAGCAGCUAUUGGUUGAUCCCAUGCAUAUCUUCUUCCUCAUCCUCAUGCAGAGGUUGGCCCGUGAGGUUCUGGGCUUGGAUAAUCCUGAGUCUAGCGAGGAAGAACACAGGAAAUCAAAGACAUCUAAGAAGAGUCAGCAAAAGAAUUCCUUCAUUUCUUUCUAUCAUGAUUUUACUCCGCCGCCUCACUCUUCCGAGCUCACCUCCUCAAUCGAUACCACCGCAACUGUGCCGGAAAGUCUGGGACUUGACGAACCUGAAGCUGUAGAUCAACGACUCUCUGUACUCGAAUGGGGCAAUCUCCCUUCUGCGGAACAAACUGCUCGUGUUGCCAGAAUGGAACAACUUAAAGAAGAGAUUCAAGGGAAUCCUAGAGCCUUUCAAGGUAUCUCUGACCUUCAUUAUCUAUUGUCUCAGGGCCUUCCAGUCUCAAAACUUCACUGUGAUCGUCUUCGAAAGCGGUUAGGGAAAUUCAAAUGGGUUGUUCUGGCUUAUCCCCGUUUUCAUUCCAGAGGUAAAAAGGGCAUAAGUCGGCGAGAGUUUGGAGAUGCUUUGUACCGCUGGCUGUUGGAGCGAAUCGUGAACCCGGGUCAAACAUUUGAAUGGCCACACUUCAUGCCAAAGGAUAAGCCCGCCCCUUCGAUUCCCUGGCUACAGCUACAUAAUAUCCAUGAAAAUCAACGCAUGGACCCCCUUUGCGUACCGGGAUCAGAAGGUCGCUUAGAAUUGUUGGCAGAGACGAUCAAACGCUUCAACUGGCAUAGUUCUCACUCGGUCGGGCACAUACAUCGUUUCCUUAUCCAACCAAUCGAUGAACUAGUCGGUGAUAAACAGCUGAAGGUCAAUUUGAAUAGGCAAACGUUGAUCGCACUCUCCUUUGUCUGCAUUGACCUUGACAUUCUGCCCGAGGGUAAAUUUGGAAAAACGGAACUCAUCAAUCAGCUGGUCAAAUGGCGCCUGACUAAACCGUUGAAGCCCUUGCCACGGGUGUGUAUAGCAUCAGAUAAGGUCCUGCAAAUGGUUCAAAAAUCUAUUCGUGAAACUGUGGUUCCUUCAUGGAUCACUCGCCCACCAUCCGACAUGGGACUUCAACAAGCAGGAACUUUGAAGGCUGAUCAUUGGCGAGUUCUGUUCAACAUCCAUCUACCCUUCUCUUUGAUCCGCAUGUGGGGCAAGGGAUCUCCUUCAGCAGUGGAUAAUGCUGCUGAAAUGACUCCUACCCGCGAUCAAUUCAGAUCAUCUCUGAGGGACCAUAUACUCGGUUUGAAGCAAAUCUUCCCAGGAUUCAUGCUACCUACUCAUCAUUUGGCAUUCCAUAUAUACGAUUUCAUGGACGGUUUUUCUACUGUACGCAAUUGGUGGGGAUUCCCAUUUGAGAGAUUGAUCGGUAAGGUUCAAAGGAUGCCCACGAAUCAUAAAAUCGGUCAAUUGGAAUACACCCUAUUGAAGGUGUUUUAUAAAGGGGCCUUGUUUCGACGUUGGCUCAUGCGGCCUGAUUGUCCCGAUAUCCUGAAAUUAUGCAAAUAUCUCUUGGACAAAGCAUAUGGUUACAACACUGUUGAAUCAGAUGAAGAUGACAGUGACGUUUUAGAUGGCACCGAGGUCGCGGAAAUGAUGGAAGGUAAAAGCAACAAUCCUCCACCUGGUCACAAGGUAAUAUCAGGAUCGGUUAAGCUCCCUCUGAAGCUUGCGAAACGAGUGGGAAAUCUUCAGCCGAGAUGUUAUUCGCAGAUUCCGGCGGCAAAAGGCUUCUAUAGCAUUCCUAGUCGUGUCGUUGGGAAUAGCUAUGUCUGUUACCACCAGACUAAAGAUGUCCAGAAACCAUGGGUAGCAGGACAAAUCCAAUACAUCUUCGAGGAUGAGGGGGAAAUCAAAUUGGCUAUCAGACCAAGUAAACCAUUCACCGGACACCGUGAUCCGUUUGCACAGUUUGUUGACCAAGGAUUCGACUGCAGAGCGGUAUCUUCCCAAUUCCUUGACUGUUAUGAUAUUGUCACAGUGGAUUUUAUUGUGGGGCAUACAGCAAGGUGGGAAAUCGAGGCAGACUUUGUUGUUGUGCUAUCUCUCGGGCGGCAGGAGUGA